GGCGCUCUGAUUUAACUUCACUUCUGCAGAUAUGCGUUUGGGUAUGCAAUGCAUAUGCGUGUGUGUGCGUGGUAUAUCGGUGUGGUGUCUGGGACUGCAAUGGUUCCCUUUUCUUGCCUCCUCGAGACAAGCGAAGGAAGAAUCGAUAACGGAAUAGUGUCUGAUGCACUACCAGAUACACACACACACGUUCCGCACGAUAUACACUAUGGUACGCCGCUGCCACACCUGAAAGACGAACGACCAAAUAUGUGGCUCCUCGCGAGGAGGAGCAGGUAUGAUCGCUGAGAUGAGCAAACAGAAGAAUCUUUACACCGCGGUCAAAAGUAGACAAGAAGCCAACCGGCCA